GCGCCACCUAAACGGUUUUCUGAAAAGCUCCGCUACUUGUUUGUGUGUUUUAAGUAGUGUCAUAUGGUAUAUGUUCGGUCUCAAUGCGUAACGUAGAAUGCACUUCAUCUAAUAAAAACCACCAGUAAUAUGUCGACUUGCAUUUACAUAUUUAAAUCUAAAACCAGGGCUCGGUAGCAGAAAUCUCCUGCAUUAGCUGGAAGAUCAUUUAGCCGUUCUGCCUCACUGCUGUGCUGAAAUAUCAGAAGAUUAUCGCCAUGCCGCAGAUUUCGGUCAGUUACAUUUUACUAUGCGGGCAGUUCUUGUUGCUCCUCACAGUGCUGCUUUUACAGUGUCUGAAUGGGAUUCAUUCUCAAAACUCAACCGAGCCACCCGGAAACAGAGUGACGACCAGCAAAUCAAUUCUGUAUAGCGAACCACCUGAAGAAAAUGUGACGGACAGUGUUAUACCGACAGAAACAUCAAAUCAUACGGAACAAUAUGAAUACAGCCCUCCAUCACCAGUCGUCCUUUGUCGAUACCUACCAGAGGAAUUCAUAUUCUGUCAAGAUCCAGUUGAUCAUGGGGGAAAUGUCUCUGCCUUUCAGGAAUUGGGCUAUGGAUGUGUGAAGUUCGGAGGUCAAGUGUACAAAGAUGUGAACCAUACCCUGGUUUUGUGUUCAGCGCUAGAUGAUAUAGAGUGCGCUGGACCCAGGGAGUUUCUCAGAGGCAAUGAGCCUUGUAUUAAAUACACCGGACACUACUUCAUUACCACCCUACUGUACUCAUUUUUCCUGGGAUGUUUCGGGGUUGAUCGAUUCUGUCUUGGACAUACUGGGACUGCAGUGGGAAAGCUGCUUACUCUGGGGGGUCUUGGUAUCUGGUGGUUUGUGGACCUCAUUCUCCUGAUCACAGGGGGGCUGACACCCAGUGACAGCAGCAAUUGGUGCACUUUCUACUGACAAAGUGGCUUUAUCUGACUCAAGGAUAUAUUAAAUGCACUGUCUGUUUAUUAUUUGUAAAAUGUAAAAUACUGUUUCUUUAUUUGUAACGUGAAUAAAAUCAUCUAAGAGUCAAACUCUUAAU